AUGCUUUUGAAGACUUAUUUUCAGAAGCCGAAACAGCUUCCCGACAAGUGGCAACACGACCUUUUCGACAGCGGCUUCGGGGGUGGUGCCGGCGUGGAGACCGGUGGGAAACUGCUGGUGUCCAAUUUGGACUUCGGAGUGUCGGACGCUGACAUUCAGGAACUCUUUGCUGAAUUUGGAACUCUGAAGAAAGCAGCUGUGCACUACGAUCGCUCUGGCCGGAGUCUGGGAACAGCCGACGUGCACUUUGAACGGAAGGCAGACGCCCUGAAAGCUAUGAAACAGUACAACGGUGUCCCUUUGGACGGCCGCCCCAUGAACAUCCAGCUUGUCACCUCACAGAUUGACACACAGCGCAGACCCGCACAGAGUGUAAACAGAGGCGGGAUGACUAGAAGCCGUGGUUCUGGAGGCUUUGGCGGCGGCACCAGGAGAGGCGCCCGUGGAGGCAGCCGGGGCAGAGGCAGGGGCACCGGCCGGAGUUCAAAGCAGCAGAUCUCUGCAGAGGAGUUGGAUGCCCAGCUGGACGCUUACAAUGCGAGGAUGGACACCAGUUAAACACCAGCAAGUCCGUGCAUGGAACUGGGCCUAGACAUCUCGUCCCUGCUCCCAUGGGAGGCGCAGGCUGGGGCUGUGCGGCCAAUGAUGGAUUUGUUUCUUCUGUUUUAAAAUAGGAUUUAAAACUCAUGUAAAGAUUUUUUUUCAUUUUUUUUCUUUUUUUUUUUUUAAAAUUCUGAAACAGACCUGUUUUGUACCGAGUUAUUUUUGGGAUAAAUUUUACUGGUUGCUGUUGUGGAGAAGGUGGUGUUCUCACCUUUGCCAUAAUAAACAGAAACGUGUGUAGAACUGGA